GUCCGGAGGUGUAUCAUUGGUCAAUAAAUCAUACCGAAUGACACUGGCCGAAGCUGCUCUAAGACCUGCUGAUAAAUUAUUAUCUCCGUCAGCAUUGACCGGAGACUCCCUGUGAAAAGAUAAAAGUCGAAGAACGAAUCAAGGAAGGUAGAGCGAGGAGGAGCAUCCGCUUGCGUUCGAGGAUGUAAAUAGGCGGCUACCGAGAAGCGGAUCGGUUCCAUUCUUCUUCUUUUUUUUGUUCGAGGGGGAAAUCCACGAGGUCACGCGUCAAUAUCCCUGAGAUCAUCGUCAGUUAGUCUUCUGGUCCGGAAACUAUCGACACACAUUCAUCAUGGGGAAAGGUACAAAGGAACAAGCAGCUGCGGACAAUCCAAUGCAGGAGUUCAGUAGCAGCACAAAAAUAGCCUCUGUCGUCAUUGGCGAAUACAACGAGAAAGAUGAACUCUACAACCCUUUCGAGCACCGUGAUAAAAGACAUGCCAACUCCGAUAUUGGUGCUUUGGCCCAUCUAUUGAAAUCGUCCCUGGGCACAGGUAUCCUCGCGAUGCCGUACGCGAUCAAAAACGGCGGGCUUUUGUUCGGCGGUAUCUGGACGUUAAUAAUCGGGUUCAUAUGCGCCCAUUGUGUUCACAUACUUGUCCGUUCGUCCCACGUGCUCUGCAGGCGAACGAAAACACCGCGGAUGACGUACGCGGAGACCGCGGAAGCAGCGUUUCUUUGUGGACCGAAACCAAUCCGGCCAUUUGCGAACGCCAGUCGAAUAUUUGUAAAUGCCGCAUUGUGUGCGACGUAUGUGGGUGGCGCAUGCGUGUACGUGGUCUUCAUAGCGACCUCGAUUCAUCAGGUGGCGAAUUAUUACAGCGGUAUGGAUAUAUCGCUUCGCCUUUACAUACUCGCGUUGAUACCAGCGGUCGUGCUUUUGGGCCAGGUACGAAAUCUGAAGUACAUGGUUCCGGUGUCCAUGAUCGCCAAUAUGUGCAUGAUGGUCGGCUUCGUGAUAACGCUGUACUACAUCUUUAGCGGUCUCCAAAACACCGUCCACGUGAAAUUAUUCUCGUCAGUCACGCAGUUACCGACGUUUUUCGCGACAGUGAUAUUUGCGAUUGAAGGCAUCGGCGUUGUGAUGCCUGUGGAGAAUACCAUGAGAAAUCCGGAUCACUUCCUUGGAUGUCCUGGUGUCCUUAACAUUACGAUGUCGAUAGUGGUGUCCCUUUAUGCUAUAUUGGGUGUGUUCGGUUACAUGACGUACGGAGAAAUCUUAUCGGGCAGCAUCACAUUGAAUCUGCCUAUAAGCGACGUUUUGGGACAAAUAGUUAAAAUACUUAUCGCUUUAGCGGUUCUGUUCACUUAUGGACUCCAGUAUUUCGUACCAUUGGAAAUCAUGUGGGAGUCUAUGAAGGACAAAUGCAGUCACAAAUAUCAAGGCAUAUGUGAAACUCUAAUGAGGGUGUUCAUGGUCCUUUUCACAGUUGUCGUGGCGUUGCUAGUCCCGAAUCUGGAACCAUUUAUUUCUCUGGUCGGUGCAGUGUUUUUCUCCGUUCUCGGGAUCAGCAUCCCAGCGAUCGUGGAAACAAUUUCGUGCUGGGAGGGCCACCUGGGCGCCUACAAAUGGCGGCUCUGGAAGAACUGUAUGCUUCUGUUGUUUUCGAUGUUCGCGCUGAUAUUCGGCACGUGGACGUCCAUAGUGAACAUAAUUGACAGUUAUCGUUAA